CAGGCUUGAGCCUGAGCAUUUAUGCGAAAUCAUCCAUUAAUGAAUUAACUUCAGCACAUUCAUAAGCUCGCUCAAUCACGAUUUCAAAGGAACUCUUCUUAUUAUGAGUAGUGGUUGGAGAAAAUCAUUUGGGAAUGUCCGAUCGGCUUUCGGAAAUGCAAUGGGUGGUCUCCGUGGAGGAAGCAACCUAGCAUCCUGGGUAGUGGCCGGAACCCUAGCCUACUUUCUAUGGGUGAAGCCAGCACAAGAGCUCAAACGAGAGCAAGAAGCGAGGGCAGCACUUGCAGCAGCAUCAGAUCGUUAUCGAUAUGUGGAGAAAGUAAAACCGGUACCCGAUCCUCAGGAAACUGGGCUUAUCUAUGGUAACAAAAAGAAACCCAAAGAUCUUGACAAAUGAUUUGUGGAAGAGGGUGUAAGGAAAAUUUGACAGAAUACACAUAAGUUCUUGAUGUUGUAUAUACUUCUCUUCUUUAAUGGUAUGUCACAUUGUGAUUGUGUAACUUUUGUUCUUAUCUUCAGUAAUUACUGAGAAAAAAGUUCAUUGUUGACAUCAACCUUGUAAUAGUAUCCAUCUGAACUUCCAUAAGGACAAAAUAUGGUAUAAUUUUAUAAUAAAUCAAUCUUUAAUAGCGUGUA